AUGUCAUCAUUUUCAUGCUCAGUACCAAGCUCUAUUGUCUCAAACAGUACCGUAGCAUCAGAUAGGUCUGAGAGGAAAAGACGUGAUAAUAUUAACGACAGGAUUCAAGAGCUUCUAAACGUAAUACCUGAAGAGUUUUUCCAAGAGUACUAUCAGAAGCGCAAGGAACAGGAUUCAGAAGCUGGUACACCCAUAGGAGGUGCAGGCAGUCUUGGAAAAACGAAAGGUACUGGUACUAGGGAUGGGAAACCUAAUAAGGGUCAAAUAUUGACGCAAGCAGUGGAAUACGUUAUGUAUCUUCAGAACCAAGUUGAUAUGAAGAACCGUGAAGAGGUGGAGCUUAUUCUGAAAGUCAAAGAAUUGAAUAAGCUUACCGGAACUGUCGUCAACGACAUUAAUUUGGAAAAUACUAGCGCGGAAGUGGCUUUGGCUAAAAUUGGGGUUGGGCCAUUAGUGGAAGUCCUGGAAGAAUAUUAUGGUUCUGUUAAUAAUAGCAAUGUAGCCAGCAAAAAGCCACGUGAACGCAACAAUAACUUUGAGUACGGAGGGUACGCUGAAUAUGCGAAUGAUGUAUGA